AUGAAUGAUAGUUUGAUUGGAGUUAAAACUAUCACUCCAACAUGGAAUGAAAAACGUCAUAAAUUUUUAUUAAUUUUAAUAGUUUUUGGGAUUAUUUCGAAUAUUAUUCUUAUAGUUAUCGUAUUUCUAACAAAACGUUUAAUUAAAACCAGUUUCAGACGUUCACCACAAAAAUACUGUGAAGCAACAAGAAAAAAUGAUAGAUCUCUGCCAACAAAACAUAUACUCCAAAAUAUUAUCUUAUCGAAAUGUUGUACAAUUUCAAACGAUGAAAAAGAGUUUAUCAUUCAGUCCAAGUCAACCCAUUCCUGUUGCGAGUUUGAAAUGAAUUGGGGUUGUUGUUAUUACAAGACUGAAUGUCACAGUCAUUGUUUAUCAACAUCAUCUGAACUCACUCCUGUACCAACUACUAUAGAGUUGGAUAUUUUAUCAAGCCGUCGAAAUAGCAGUUAUGCUGACGAUUCUGUGACAGAAAUCCCAGAGAAAUCUGAAAAUCUAUGUACUUACUCAAAAAGAAAUCUAGAUAAGUCUACUUUAAGCCAACCAUGCGAAAUAAAAUAUGAAAAUAAAUCUUUAUUUUUAAAUACCAGUGGACAGUCAUCAAACUAUGAACAAUAUUCCGAUUUUAAUAUCAGUGAAUCAAAUUUAAAAAAUAUCAAAUCAAAUCAAGAAUUAACAAUACCUAGUUCACCAAUAUAUUACCACCAGCGUAGAUAUUUAUCCCCAUUUCCUAAUGAACAAACUUAUCCAAAUAUUGAACAGACUACAUGGUAUAUUCUAUGUUUCUUGAUAAAAAUUCUAGCAUUUGCUCAAAUUGGUUAUCUAUUAUUUGAAGAUUUCUUACCAUGGAUUAUAAAUUUGUUAAUAUUUCAUUAUGGUUUUAGUAUUAAAUUAAAAUUAAAUAUUAAUUGUCGUUUAAAACGUAUGUUUGGUACAUUUUUUUUAUUAUUUGAAGAAUGGUGUCUAUUUAUAUUCGGUAUUGAACGUGUUUGUAAUAUUCUAUUUAAUAAUUAUAAAAUAAAUAGAAAUACUCAAUUAACAUUAAAUGAACGUAAUCAAUGUAAAUUACAUUUAAUAAGUAUAAAAAUUAGUACAGGUUUAUUUAUUGCAAUAAUAUUUGCUGGAUUAUGUAAUUAUUUAUGGAUAUUUGGACAAUUUCAUUGGAUUAAUUCAAUGAAUUACAUAAAUCAUACAUUUUCUAAUUAUACAUUAAUUGAAACGGUUACUUGUAAUUUAGUAAUUGUCAUUGCACUUAGUUACACAGUGUUAACAGCUAAGAAUAACAAUGAAACAGCCUUAACAAAAUGUUAAGAAGACUAUUAGAAAUGUUUGUUAUAUCAGUAAUUGGUAAUAAACAAAAAUUUAUUUAUAAUCACGUAAUUAUAAAUUACAAAAAAAAUUAUUUUUUGGUAAAUGUUAUCUUAUGAUGCUUUCAUUUUACCCUAAGAAACGAAAUUGUAAUCUGUAACUGUCAAUAGAACGAACAUGUCUUCAAAAAACAAAAACGAAAUAGAAGGGUAAUGAUAAGAAAUAAAUCAAAAUUUGUUAAACUAUAAAGAGUAUGAAUUAUUACCCGUCAAAUAAAGUAGUUUCCUGUAUGACAAAAAAUCAAACCAAUUCAUGUUUAAAGGAGUAUUUACAAAUUAAUUAAUAUGAAUAUUAAAUAUCUUUUCAAAGAGAUGAAUCAAUAAAAGGGUACUUUUAUAGAUACUCUAUGGAUAGUUUAUGGAUCCACCUUCGAGUAUGACAUUUUUAUAGUCACAGUUACAAAUGAGCUUGAUUAUCUUACAAAUUACAGUAUUUUCUUUAAAAUAGAGUUUUAAUUUAUUCAUCACUGACUGUAAUCAAGAUAUUUUCCAUUUCUAAGAGUAUGAAUUAUUUAAGAACAAAUCAAGGAGAAAUAGAGAUAGCCUUUUGAUAUAAUUUUUAAUUGCUUUUAAUAAGCAUUUAAUGUAUAGACUUUGCUAUCUAACAAUGAACAAAAUUACUCAACGAUAACUGUUUCCGAACUCUAUUUACUUGUAACACUUAUUUCGAAUAUGACUUAACCCAAGAGGGGAAAGAAGGGUAGAUUGAUACAUUUCAAUACAAUUACUCUCAUACUGAUUUUAUCUCCAAUGAUUAUUACUUCAAUUCUAGACUGCAUUUUUCUAUAUCUAUUUGUAACGAAUAUCUAUUUAAUUUAAGUUACAAUUUCAUAGGAAUGAAAUACUGCAACUCACAAUCAUAUAAGUAUUAUAUACAUAUAUGUAUAUCACUGAAAAACUUUAAUAAAUUAUGUUGCGACUCAAAUAUUUUUUUCUAUAUCGAAGAAUGGAC